AUGGAAGAAGAAGAAGAAAAACUAGAACACGUAGAAAUUUCUUGUGGUGAUUCACUUCCUGAAGUAGGUGGAGGCAGUGGGGCGGAUUUAAGAGUGGAGACAUCUGAUUCAGAAAUCGGUACUGUUAAUAUAAACAUUGCAGAUGUUGUGGGAAGGGUUGAUUCUGAAAGUGGAUAUGUAGAUGAGGGCAUGUUUGAGCAGGUAUCAUUAGAUAAAGAGAAGAUUGUUGCGGAUCUGGAUAAUCUAAGGACCUCAUCUGGUGGAAAUGGGGAGACAUCUGGAGUUUCCAUUAAAAGGGGAACAAUGGAGGAUGAUUCUUCACUGGCAGCUGUUCAAGUACACCAGGAUAGUAAUGUCUCAAGCCGUGGAUCAGGGGGAAAAUCACCUCAGCUCUCUGAGCAAUCAUCUGCUCGAACCAGUUAUGAUUCCCCUUUAUAUGCAUAUGGGGAUCAUGGGCACUCACCUCCAAAACCUAAACCAAAACCCAUGCCAAAUGUUUCACCUGAGCUUUUGCAUUUGGUGGAUUCUGUUAUCAUGGGGAAGGCAGAAAGCAUGGAGAGCUUGAAGAACAUAGUAAGCGGUGUAGAAAGCUUUGGGGAUGGGGAAGAGGCAGAAAGCAUCGCGUUAUUAGUGGUUGAUUCACUUCUUGCCACAAUGGGUGGCGUUGAAUCUUUUGAGGAAGAUGAGGAUAAUAACCCACCUAGUGUCAUGUUGAACUCCAGAGCUGCUGUGGUAUCAGGCGAGCUUAUUCCUUGGCUUCCAUGGUUAUCAGAUACUGUCGGUUUCAUGUCCCCAAGAACACGUAUGGUUCGUGGAUUGCUUGCUAUUUUGCAAGCUUGUACAAGAAACAGAGCUAUGUGUUGUUCAUCAGGUUUGCUAGGGGUCCUUUUGCAGUCAGCUGAGAAGAUUUUUCUUGAUGAUUCAAGUAAGCAAUUGAAAUGGGAUGGAACUCCGUUAUGUUCCUGUAUCCAAUACUUAGCUGGACAUUCCCUUAGUGUAACGGAUCUGAACAAGUGGUUUUCCACAAUUACAAGAACAAUCAACACUCCAUGGGCAGCUCGAUUAAUGCUUUGUAUGGAGAGGGCUUUGGGCAGCAAAGAGUCAAGGGGUCCAAUGUCUUCAUUUGAAUUUGAUGGUGAAAGCUCUGGUUUACUUGGUCCAGGAGAGAGCCGUUGGCCUUUCCCUAAUGGGUACGCGUUCGCGACUUGGAUUUAUAUCGAAUCAUUUGCAGACACUUUAAACACAGCUACUGCUGCUGAGCCAUUGCUGCAGCAGCAGCAGCUAAAUCAGGGAAAUCAUCAGCUGUGUCUGCAGCUGCUGCAGCCAGUGCACUAG